AUGGCGGAUACGCGCGGGGAUGAUCUUUCUGAAUCGCUACUGAACCUCUUCACGAGUGUAUCAUCCAUGGCGAAAUCUGAGCUCCAGGGAACGAACAAUCAGCUGGAUCUGUUGGAGAAGAUGAACCUGAGAGUUGCGUCGGAGUACGAUGAUUUGGGUGACGUGGCGGCUGGGCUGAGAGUGUUCGCGGAGCAGAUGAAGUCGAAGAGUGGAGGCUUGGAUGAGUUCGUGGGACAGAUGGAGGCGAUUGAGAAACAAGUGUCGGAGUUUGAAGCUGUCAUCUCUGUUCUCGAUCGUUAUGUCUCUGUCUUAGAAUCUAAAGUCCGAGCUGAGUGUCGUCAUCAACAACAACAUCGUCGUCGGUCUAAUGAGACUGUUACGGAAUGA